GUUCAAAUCCCCACCCACCCCCAACUCCACCCGCAACUUCUCAAACGUCUCCCGGUCAAUCUGUCCCAACUUCACCAUCUCCUCCAAUGCCUUAAUCCUCUUCUCAAUAUCAUCCCCAUCCGCUGCCUCUUCCCCCGUUUCCCGUAACCGCGCCGCCCGAUCCUGGUACCCCGCUGGUAACUUCGUUCCCUUCGGCGCAGCAGACGACCGGAAUCGUUUCGUGGGUGGUUGUCCGUCGCGUCGGUAUUCGGCUAGUUGGCGCGCGAAGUCGACGCCUGUUACUGAGCGAGGUGUCAUAGGAAUGCUCGAGCGCAUCCGCGACCCGAGCAGGGCAGGUGUUGCGCCUCCACCACGAGACGCAUUUUGGGAUGGGGAUGUAUUUGAUCCUUGUUUUUGGGUCGAGUUGGUAUUGUUGUUGUUGACGAGAAGACGGCGGAAUUGUUCGUUGUUCAUCUUUUCUCAGGGAUUCUUAUGCUUUGGUUGUUCGGUCGGUGUUAUCGAGGGAGAUAAGAGGUUGGAAGUUACUGUACAGGUAGCUUGGCUACCUGUGGGUAAGAUUGAAAAGAAUAGAAAUGUAACAAAAAGAGGAGAAUUGAAAUUAGGAGAUCGUCAUUUAUUGUCCGGUCAUUCUUUGAGAGGAUUGAGGUAUGUUGUUGGUUGGGAAAAUGGAAGAGGUGAUGAGGAAAGCUUGUCGGCGGAAAGAAAAAGUAGAGAGCAAGGCCAACGUCAGGGUUCUUGGCAUUGGUGAGAUGGUUCAUGUUUGCUGCUUUGCCG